AACACCAUCAGUCGAUAGAGCACCCUUUCUUUGACCUGUACGCAUACUAAUCAGACCGUUAAGCAAUGCUGUCACGACAGGAGGCAGUUCCUUUUGUUAGCCCGGCUCCACAAACCUGGGCGAUAUGAUAAAGUCAACUCAACUCCUCGCAUCUAACUAUCCCUCAUUCUUCAGAACAUAACAUUCAUAAUAUAACAAAAUGGCCAACCUCUACGAACAAGUUAACACACACUACUCGUCCAUCGCUCGAGAGGACGAAGCCAGUAACGCAGAGCACAUGAAGAAAGUUGCCCUGUCAUUCGGCUACAAUGUGGAAGACUUGGCAUGUAUUCCGGAUGGCUCUAACCUCGGGGUCAGCUGUGGGAAUCCGUUGACAAUUGCAGGAUUGAAAGAGGGCGAGACAGUCGUUGAUCUAGGCUGCGGAGGGGGAUUUGAUGUCUUCCAGGCUGCCCGCAAAGUCGGUGUAAAGGGCCUUGUCAUCGGAGUUGAUUUAAGUGAUGACAUGCUCGCUCGAGCUCGUGCAAACGCCGAGAAGUCAUCUACCACCAACGUCAAAUUUGUCAAGACGCCUAUCACUGAAAUAGAACUCCCAUCUGACUCUACGGAUUGCAUCAUCAGCAAUUGUGUGAUAAAUCUCGUCCCUCACGACGACAAACAUCUCGUCUUCAAAGAAAUCUAUCGCUUGCUUAAAGCCGGCGGCCGAGUAUCGGUGAGCGAUCUCCUAGCCAAAAAGCAGAUCACUCCGGAGUUGCAGUCCCACCUCGGCCUCUACGUUGGAUGCAUUAGUGGGGCAAGCUUGGUGGGUGAAUACGAGAAUUGGUUGAAGGAAGCAGGAUUUCAAGAUAUUAUGCUUGUAAACAAAAAUAGUGACAUCAACAUCUAUAAAGAGAGAGUUCAAGAAGAUGAGGAGAACUCAUCCUCCUGUUGCGGCACCAAGAUCCCUGUCUCAGAGACGAACAAUGCAGUUGCGAACAUCGACUUCAAUGAGUGGGUCGGAGCAUUCAACAUCUAUGCUGUUAAGCCGAGCUCAUAGAGCAAAAAGACGGCACCGUGACUAUCAGCGUUAUAACAAGCAAUUCUUCAUAUCGAUUUGAAUCCACAUAAAAGCCGAUACAGGCACCCAGAAUUAAUUGAUGAUGAUCAAAUAUUUUAUGCAUAUAUAGUGUGGCGACUGGAG